AUGUGGAAACAGAGUGCCCCCUGGGAACUUAUGGAGUUAACUGCAUGGGAAAAUGUGUCAGAGGGUUUUACGGAAAACUCUUUGAUAAUUUUGUAUUCAGAGGAAGGUAAAGGCAGCAUCAAUGAGUGGGUUGACUUCACGUAUGCUUUGAUAGGAUCCGUUACCACAGUUUCUAUGAGCCUAAUUUGUCUGCUGUUUUUUCUUAAGUCAUGGUUAUCAAAAACAAAUGUGUCAUCUACGGAAACAAAUCAGCUUUGUACAGAUCAGACUGAUAAUCCAGGAGAGCAUGACAAUGAAAGUCGCAGUUCAUCGUCAAAUGCGAAUGAACCUGUUCUGCAGAGAACACCAACUCAUAGCUACACAGGUCUGAGGUUUUCAAGAAUGCAGCCUCUUUAUGACAACUCAAAGGACUAUGAAAGUGUCCCGGAACAAGAUACACCAUCUGUUGAUUCUCUUCCAUCUCACAAACUUAGGAAUGAUGACGAUGGUGAAAGCAAAGGAGAUGGCAAAUAUGAAGGAUUGUUUAAAAAUAAAGCGUACAAUAUUCUCUCUCUCCGCAUACAUCCUCUUGACAAAGCAAAGACCCUGCGAUCAGUUGAUUCUUCAAUUAAUCUUUGGGACAAUAUGGACGGAAUGGAAGAUGAAUACGAAUCGAUCGAAGUGAAGGAGGAUAACAAGGAGGAAUGUGUGUCUGAGAGGAGGAUGGUUAAAAUUCAUCCCACUGGAAAAUACGUUUGUGGAGAAUAUUCAACAGAUGGAACUUUGAAAGAUUAUAUAGGAAAUGCUCAAAUGAAUAAAAAUUGUGACAUGAUAGUUGAUAAGGAGGCGAUAUCACAAAGUUUUAUCGCCCAUGAGCUUGAUUGUACCAAAAGUUUCUCUCCACGACCUUAUAGCUUAGCAAAUAGUAUCUGGCGUAAACAUCACACUUCUGAAAUGUCGAAACAACUUAGAAUAUCAGAUUAUGAAAAAGUUUUAACAUUACAGACAGGUGAAGAAAAUUUUGUAAAUGAUAGAAUAUUCUCAAAGACUGAUACGCAAAUUAUCACUGAAAGUUCUGCUGACCCAAUGAUGUCGGAAGUAUCAGGGAAUAAUGAAAAUAAAAAUCCACUAAAGCUCAAUAAAAACAAAGCAAUGAUUUUCAAGGAAGCAUAUGAAAAAAAGUAUUAAUUCAAAAAUGCAUAUAAAUCUCUUACAAGAGG